GGCACAGUCUCUGCUGCCGCCGCAGGAGUCCCAUUCCCUCUGAUGGGAAUCCUCUUCGGUCAGCUCGUCGACGACUUGAACACUGCGAGCUGCGAUGCCAAGAGCCCCAGCGCGGACGAGGCUGCGCAAAUCCAGCACUCAAUCGAUAGCAAGGUGCUCGAGCUGACGUACAUCGGCAUUGCCAGCUUCGUCCUGAUCUACAUCUACAUUGUCUGCUGGAGCAUCUUCAGCCGCCGACUCGAAGCCCGUAUCCGAGACCGCUACUUUCAAGCACUCCUGCAACAGGAUGCAACCUUUUACGACAAGCGUCAAGCCGGUGAGCUGUCAUCGCGUCUCAAUGCCGAUGUACAGGCUGUCCAGUCUGGAACGUCAGAAAAGGUCGGCAUCUGCAUCGCCUGCACGUCCUUUUUCCUGACGGCCUACAUUGUGGCCUUUAUCAAGAACUGGAGACUUGCUGCCAUUCUUCUGUCCCUUAUCCCUGCCUUCUUCCUCAUGGCAGGGCUUGGAAGUGCCUUUACCGCAAAGUAUACCAGUGCCAUGUCUGAUGCAAUUGGCUCAGCGUCCUCCAUUGCUCAGGAAACUCUGUCGAAUAUUGCCGUUGUCCAAGCCUUUGGCGCUGGACCGCGUUUGGAGGCCAAAUUUUCUUCACACGUCAUGACAGCUCAGAAAAGGGGCAUAAAAAAAGCCUUUGCUGCGGCAGUUCAGGCCGGCACUCUCUACUUCAUCGCGUAUGCUGCAAAUGCAUUGUCUUUUUGGCAGGGAAGCCACCAGAUUGUCAACACCAUCGCCAAUCCCAAUGGCGUAUCAGUGGGAGAGAUUUAUACUGUCAUCUUCCUCCUUGUGGAUGCAUGUGUCGUUUUUGGCUCCAUUGCUCCCCUUCUGCCUCUCAUAGGGGGUGCGUCCACAGCAUUCCUAAAACUGCGACAAGACAUCGAAACUCCAGCCACAAUCAACUCCAGGUCGACUUCCGGCUUGAAACUUCCUGAUUCUGCCCCCGCCUCCAUUUCAUUCCGCGACGUCUCGUUCGCUUACGCCUCCAGGCCAGAUCAGGAUGUGCUUAAGAAUGUUUCGUUCGACUGUCCUGCUGGCAAGUAUACUGCGAUAGUUGGACUGUCUGGAAGUGGCAAGUCUACAGUGGCUGGUUUGACAACAAGAAUCUAUGAUCCUCGAAAUGGAAAAGUGCUGCUCGACGGACAUGAUUUGAAGGAUAUCAACGUGAAAAACUUGAGAAGCUUCAUCAGCUUGGUUCAACAAGAGCCGUCGCUGCUGGAUCGGUCAAUCUUGGAGAAUAUCGCAUUAGGUUUGUUCAACUCGCCGUGGCAGAAGCAUGAAAAGUUCCAAUCCAUCAUUCUGGGAAAUGGACUUGCCGAGGUAGCAGAAAAGGUUAGAGAUGGACAAGAUUUGACCACUGUCGCUCAGGCGUACGGCCCUGAUAUGGCCGAGCUCGUGGAAAUGAUUUGCCAAUCGGCCGCUCUAGCCGACGCAUCAAACUUCAUUCACAAGCUUGAAUAUGGAUAUGGAACCCUUGUUGGUUCAUCAGGAAAGCUUGUUAGUGGAGGACAACGCCAAAGGCUUGCGUUUUCUCGCGCUUUAAUCCGAGACCCAAAGAUUCUUCUCUUGGACGAAGCCACCGCAUCUCUUGAUUCAGCCAGCGAGCAGCGUAUUCAGACGGCAGUUGAGUCGAUAUCCAAGGGCCGAACCAUCAUUGCCAUUGCCCACCGGUUGUCCACUAUCAAAAACGCCGACAAUAUCAUCGUUAUGAAUAACGGCGAAAUCAUUGAGCAGGGCACGCAUUUAGAGCUCAUGGCCCUUGAUGGCUCAUAUGCUGGCAUGGUCCGUUUACAAAACCUGGCGUCCAAGGAACAUGACGACACACCAUCUCUUGAGCCUACAACCCUAAAAGAAGACGUACCAGGUGCUGCUUCAUCAACUGAGCAAGAACCUAGCCAGACGGCCGCCGAAGCAGAGGAUAAAUUACUGGAUGCCGAUCUGUCAGCUUGGAAAAUCAUCAAGAUGUUUGGCCUCAUGCUUCGCCCACACAUCCUGAUGCUCCUCCUUGCCGUUUUCUCCGCCGUCAUCGUCGGCGGUACCUUCUCCUCUGCUGGCGUCAUCUUUGGCAAUACUGUCGAGAAAGUCAGCCCCUGCAACUCAACUCAUCAAAUUCUAUGGGCUGGCAGGUUCUUCGGCGGCCUGUUCUUUAUGCUGGCCGUGGUUGAGCUGAUCGCCUACACGGGAAGCUGGUUCGGCUUUGGUUAUGUCGCAGAAAAGCUGCUCUACAACAUUCGCGUGCUCACCUUCCGCUCGCUCUAUGAACAAGAGCUAGACUGGCACCAGUCAGAGGGUCGUUCGCCAGCGUCAUUGCUCUCCAUCGUCACAGCAGACGCCGCCGCCGUCGGUGGAUUCAGCGGGUCGAUUAUGGGAACCAUGUUUUCCAUUGUGGUCAACUUUUUCAUCGCCAUUAUUCUUUCACAUAUAAUUGCCUGGAAAAUUGCCAUUGUGUGCUUGGUAACUGUCCCUAUCCUUUUAGGCUCGGGUAUCAUGCAAGUACGUUCCCUGUCUCGUUUUGAGCGCAAGCAUGCCGGAGCAUUUUCAAACGCUCUCGGUAUUACGGUCGAGGCUGUUACUUCGUACAAGACCGUGUCAUCGUUGGCUAUUGAAGAUGAAAUACUACACACAUAUCGUCGAGCUCUCAAGGCUCCUCAAAAGGAGAUGGCCCUGUCAAGUGUGUAUACCAACUUUUGGCUUGCCAUCGCCAACAGCAUCGGCAACCUCAUUUACGCCUUUGCGUACUGGUGGGGUUCAACAAGAAUCACAGAUGGAGAGUACAGCCAAGCUCAGUUCUUCAUCAUUCUCAUGGCCAUGCUUGUGAGUGCCCAGCUGUGGGGCCAGAUGUUCACGUUGGCUCCCGAGGUCUCGCGGGCCAGAGCAGCGGCAUCUAGAAUCCUGAGUCUCAUAAACCUUGGCUCUGCCAAGCGCCAGGGUGUGACAGAUUCCGGAAUUAGCAAUGCGUCACGCGGAGAGAAGGAUGUUGAAGCAGCACCAAACGCAAUUUCCAGCCGAGGGGUCAAGCCAGGCCAUGGUGGCGCCACCGUUACUUUCCGAGAUGUAUCCUUCGCAUAUCCUGCUCGGCCACAUAUCCAGAUUCUGAAGAACACAUCAUUCACGAUACCAGCUGGCCAGUUUUGUGGUCUCGUGGGUCCAUCGGGAGCGGGUAAAUCCACAAUCAUGUCACUUGUUCAGAGGAUGUAUCGCCCUACGAGAGGAACGGUCGAGAUUGAUGGAGUCGACAUCUGUGCUCGAGAAGGUGUGGACUUUCGCCAUGACAUUGCCGUAGUGCCACAAGACUGUGCCCUGUUUGAUGGAACCGUCAAGUUCAACGUGGGACUUGGUGCAGUGCCAGGUCACGAAGCCACCGACGCGGAGAUUGAAGAAGCCUGCAGGCUGGCCAAUAUCCAUGACACCAUCGUAGCACUACCGAACGGCUAUGACACGGAAUGCGGUCCCAACGGAUCUCGAUUGUCGGGAGGCCAGCGUCAACGGUUGGCUAUUGCCAGGGCGCUAGUCCGAAAACCACGGCUUCUGCUGCUCGACGAGAGCACCAGCGCCCUUGACGCAGAGAGCGAAAGGGCCCUGCAAGAAGGCCUGGAGCAGGCAGCCAGAGGCAUCACCGUCAUCGCCAUAACCCACAGGCUACACACCGUCCGCAAAGCUGACGUGAUCUUCGUCGUCGAGGCCGGGAAAGUGGUCGACAAAGGUCGUCACGAGGAACUUGUGGAGAGAAGUGAGUCGUAUAGGAUUAAUGCGCUGCAGCAGAUGCUGGGAUAG